CACCAUCAUCUUACAAAAUCCUAUAUAUUCCCAGCAUUUCUCCUUCACUCUCUGCGCUGUGCCGCGGUACUGCCAACAACCUCCGCUGUCGCCAUAUCCUUAUCUCCUCCUAUCCCAGGAAAAAAAAAAGAAAACCGAAACAAAAAGAACUUGACAAAAAACCCCAAAAAGAUUCCGUCUUGAAUUCUGUCACUUUCGCCUAGGUUUGUGUACCGUUUCGCAUUUGUUGUCGUUGAGAUUUGCAGCAAUGGCGCAGGUUCAGGCUCCUUCGCAUUCGAUAGCGCCUCCUCUUGUUACGGCGGCGGCGACGGCGGCUGCUGGCGGCGACGAGGUUAAUCACGGCGCUCUGUGUUCUCUCUACGUUGGAGAUCUGGAGCUAAACGUGACGGACUCUCAGCUCUAUGAUUAUUUCAACCAAGUGGGUCAGGUCGUGUCGGUUCGGGUCUGCCGAGACGCCGCAACCCAGAUUUCUCUUGGCUAUGGUUACGUCAAUUACAGCAAUACCCAUGAUGCGGAACGGGCGACGAAGGAGCUGAAUUUCUCUCAUCUCAACGGCAAGAUGAUUCGGGUUACAUACUCUUCCCGUGACAAUUAUCUUCGUAGAAGCGGCAUUGGUAACUUAUUCGUCAAGAAUUUGGACAAGUCCAUUGACAACAAAGCUCUUCAUGACACAUUUUCCGAGUUUGGAAAUAUUUUGUCGUGUAAGGUUGCAACUGAUCACCUGGGUCAGUCCAGAGGGCACGGUUUCGUGCAGUUUGAGGAGGAGGAUUCGGCUAAAAAUGCCAUCAACAAGCUGAAUGGCACACUGCUCAACGACAAACAAAUCUUCGUUGGACCCUUUCUUCGCAAGGAGGACAGGGAGUCUGGUGCCAAUAAGAUAAAAUUCAACAAUGUGUAUGUGAAGAAUCUGUCAGAAACAUCAACUGAUGAUGAUUUAAAGAAUAUUUUCGGUCAGUACGGGUAUAUCACAAGUGCGGUGGUUAUGAGAGAUGGGGAUGGAAGAUCCAAGUGUUUUGGAUUUGUUAACUUUGAGAGCCCUGAAGAUGCAGCCCGAUCUGUUGAGGCCCUUAAUGGGAAGAGGGUUGGUGACAAGGAAUGGUAUGUUGGUAAAGCGCAGAAGAAAUCUGAGAGGGAACUCGAACUGAGGGGAAGAUUUGAGCAGCAGGGGUUGAGGGAGACGGGGAACAAUUUCGAAGGAUUGAACUUAUAUGUUAAAAAUCUUGAUGACUCUAUCACUGAUGAGAAGUUGCGGGAGUUGUUUUCUGAAUUCGGAACAAUAACUUCCUGCAAGGUUAUGCGGGAACCUAGUGGUAUUAGCAAAGGAUCUGGAUUUGUUGCUUUCUUGUCUGCUGGAGCAGCUUCUAGAGCUCUCUCUGAGAUGAAUGGUAAAAUGGUGGGUGGCAAACCGCUCUAUGUUGCUCUUGCACAGAGGAAGGAGGAAAGAAGGGCUAAGUUGCAGGCACAAUUUUCUCAGAUGCGACCUGCUUUGUUACCCGCUGUCAGUCCGCAUAUGCCAAUUUAUCCUGGUGGUGCUCCAGGUCUUGGACAACAGCUGCUCUAUGGUCAAGGUCCUCCACCAAUGAUGAUCUCUCAGCAGCCGGGAUUUGGAUAUCAGCCACAGCUGGUUCCUGGAAUGAGGCCAAAUGUUUUUGGCCCGACGAUGCAGCCAGGUCAGCGGCCAGGCGGCAGACGCUCAGGUGGUGGGCCCAUGCGCCAGUCUCAGCAGCUAAUUCCUCUCUUGCAGCCUCAGAUGCUCCCAAGGGGACGUGGGUAUCGCUAUUCCCCUGUUAGUAACAUGCUCGACGGUCCCAUUCCCGGAGGAAUUCUUCCCAUCGCUUAUGAUAUGAACGGAAUGCCCUUUGCACAGCCUCUGUCAACCGGCGCAUUGGCUUCUGCCCUCGCUAAUGGGACGCCUGCCCAACAGAGGACGCUGCUGGGUGAGCAUCUAUACCCAUUGGUUGACCAGAUGGAGAGUGAAAAUGCGGCGAAGGUGACAGGCAUGCUGCUGGAGAUGGACCAGACAGAAGUGUUGCAUCUGAUAGAAUCACCAGAUGCGUUGAAAGCCAAAGUUGCAGAAGCCAUGGAUGUCCUGAGGAACGUCGGUCCGCCUCUGGUGAGUAGCAGCGGAAGUAACAGCCCGAUCGAUAAGCUGGCAUCUCUUUCCAUGGACGAUAAACUAUGAAUCAAGACUUGGUUCUAAAGCCGGACUGGAUUUUUUGCCGAGCUGGCUAGAAUUUUGAUUUGGGUUUUUGAUAUUGUGUUAGGGGAGAGUUUUGGAUUUUACCUGUUGUUUUGUUGGAGGAUUUGGCUUUCUACCCUAAACCCCAUUUAGACAGAAAGUAUCACAUUCAGACCACACACACACAUUGAAGAAGAUGCAGAAUGAACUGCGUGUCUUAAUUGGUCCUCGGAGAAAAAAAAAGGCAAAAUGUUUUUUGUUGGCUAUCGAAGUGAAUGCAUCUGAUUCGGUU